AAAUAAGUUGUUUCCCAAUCGCAGAUCAACGAUACCUCUUAGUAUGGAUGAGAAAUACGACGUGGAUAAGAUUGUUGAUGAAAGUACCUUUCAGACUGGACGUAGAGGCAGACCACAGCGGCAGUAUAAGGUUGAAGUCCCUUGACAUCAAGCUCGCUGACAUCACCGCUUUCGUCACAGACUCUGCCAGUUCGAACGUUUCUGCGAUGGAGGUGUUCCAGAAGGAUGAGAGUGUCAAGCACAUCUUCUGGAUUCCUUGUGUGGCACACGUCAUGGACCUCAUCCUUGAGGACAUCGGCGGCAUUGACUGGGUGGCGACCCGCAUUGCUCAGGCGCGUUUGGUCACAAAGUUUUUCAAGCGUCAUAGCCACGCUCGCGAAGUUUUGCAAGCUUUCACGAUGAAGGCUCUGCUGCUUCCCGCCGAGACUCGCUUCCGUACGCAUGUGAUUAUGAUGCGACGACUUCUUCUGCUGCAAUCACAUCUUAUGCAGGUGGUCGUUGAUGAUCAAUGGAAGGACACUGUUUGGUCAACGAAGAAGAUUCGAGACGACGACGCGGAAGGUCACAGCAUGUGUCGGUUGUCCUCAAUGAUGGUGGACAGUGACACGAGGCAGAUUGGCAAGAUUCUGCGUCGGUACGACAAGAUGAUCGCGCGUUGUUUGUCUGCAUGUGCCGCUUUGGAGAAGUACGAGCAGGACGCGUUGCUUGAAGUGUUUGACAGACGCCGCACCAUGUUCAAGUCGCCUGCUCAUGUUGCUGCCAUGAUGUUGGACCCCGAGUUUCGAGACCGCACGAUGCCAGAUGACGAGGAGAUGCAGCACGGUUUGAAACUCGCUCUGAUUCAGUUUGGGUACCCAGAACAUUCAAAUCAGCACAACGAGGUCCUCACUGCCAUUGACAAGUUCCAUUCCAGGGAGCCGCCGUUCGGCGACGUGGCCAUGGACCGGGCGGCGAGGAGCUAUACCCAUCCAGCCUGUUUCUGGGAGUCGAAGGAGAAAAGGUUCCCGCACACGGCCUUCUUCGCUGGCAGGAUACUGCGUGUGUGGGCGACUGCGUCGCCUUGCGAGAGAGCUUGGUCCCGUUGGAGUUUCAUCCACUCCAAAUCUCGUAACAGAUUGGAGGUGGCAUGGGCCGAGAAGCUCGUGCGAUGCCAUUGGAACCUUCGGCUCCUAGACAGGCAGGGUAUGUCGGACGAUGCUCCCAGUGACAGGCCACAUCCGUAUGGGAGCUGGGUGCAUUACUGGCAGCAGGUGGAGGAGGAGGUGCCCACCGACCAGCAGCUUGUGGCAGACCGAGGAGCCCAUGUGACGGUCACGAAGGAGGAGUUGACGCAGGCGAGAGAGAGGAUGCGCGUCGUAUCCCGCAUGGGAGCCACUCGUCGCUUGCGGGAGUCUGACAGGAGGAGGUGUCGUGGCGGCGGUCGCGGAGGUGGUCGUCGGGGCGGUCGCGGGCGAGGCGGGCGUGGAGGUCCUGGCGGGAGGCGUAGUGUCGCGAGUCGUGGAAGGGCAGUAUACGAGCUAGUACGCAAGCCUCGACAGCGAUGGGAGGAGGGAGACUUUUUGUACGAGAGCUCGUCCAGCGAUGACGAGGAUUUCUUCGGGACUGGCAGACCUGCACAGGAUGGCGACAACGAUUUUGACGACCGUCACCCGAACGUGGGCGACGACGAUGGCGCCAAUGGCGAUGAUCACGGUGACGGAGGAGAUAGGCCACGACCWGCACAUGGUGACACGAUGCGCGCCGACGGGGCAGGGGGCGAGCACCGCACAGCAAUUCCAGUUUCUGAGGACUCUUUCAGCGAUCACGGCGGUGAGGAGUGGAUCGAGCUGCAUGGCGGGAGUGGUCAUCCACGAGGUGACACUUCGAGUAUGCACGCGACAGCUCCGAUGGGGCCUUCCGCAGCAGUCCCAGAAUCGCAACAGGGUUCAGCACCGUUGAUGCGUCAUCCCGAGGUUCAGGCAGAGAUCAGUCCUCUCCCGGCAGUGCGGGACGAGGGUUCUGUCGGUGCACUGCAUCCACUCACGUCUGCCGGAGCGGCAGUCUCAGUUGCAGCGACCUCGAAUGUGGGACAACCACUGGCAGAGGCGGAGCAAGAAAGUAUGCUCCCACCUCGCAGUGUUCAACCGCGGCCACUGCCUGCAUUGAUGGAGGGGAGUAAGGGGACCGUUGUUGUGUGUCAAGGCGACGAUCUCCUGGAACGUGAUAUCUCACACACUCCCGCAGCCGAGCAGAGCGCCGCAGACCAUGUCGGCCUCGCAUGCCCCACCGGCAGUCUUCCGGGUACCGGCGAAGCCACUGUUUUGCCGACAGUGGCAUUCUAUGCCAGUGGGAAGAGUACUGGGGGGAUGGAUGAGCAGGGAGUCCGGAAUGUUGGCAGGCCAUCUGCACCGUCUAUGGGGAAACGAUCCAUUGGGAGUGUGGAUGGUGCUCGGCACACCGCCAUGGCAGAGUUUGAGGACCGACACGGGAGUGCUUUGCCGACGAAGACGUCUGAUGUCCAUGCUACGAGAGCCGCAAAGGCGAGUCUUUCUCGGGCAAGGAAGAAGGCCUCGGCAAGGAAGGCGUCACGUUCAUCCUCACAUAUGCGUUCCCGAGAGAGAGGAUCGGGCGUUGUGCAUCUCGAGGACGGAGAGAUUGCACCUGACGGCGACACAUUGGAUGUUGGAGGGAGGGAUGCAACGACGGCGGAUAUCGUCGGCAGGGAGGGCACAGGGAAUGCAGUGACAGGUUAGAAGAGACGCGACAGUGUACUUGUCGUCCACGACGAGA